AUGACUGGACCCACUACUAUGAAGGUCGAGGAUCAAAUCCCCGGCAUCCAAGACACGCCUAAACCCACCAACGGUGAUGCCUCACCUGUCAACUGGGAGUCCGAGAUCCAGCUAGUGUCCUCAUUAGCAAAGCUCCAGGAACUUGAACGAAAAAUUCAUGAAUUGCGCCACGUGGUGCCCAGCAAGCUCUUAGAACCACUAGCCACCCUCUCAGGCCAAAGUGGGCCAUCAAGCAUCACAUAUGCAGACUCCCCGGCUCAUUUGCGCGACGGCCUGGACCAAGCCGCGCGCAGCCAGGUCGCCGAAAUUGACAGUUUCAAGUCCACAUGGCAGGGCCCAGAGCUGAAGCCUGUGUGGGAUCAUGUGGAAUCCCGCAUCAAGGAGUCUAAUGGCCAAAUUUUGCAACCAACGGGAAUGUGGGAACGAGACUACGAUGUUCUUCUCGAAGAACUUCUCCAAGCGGAGAAGAGCAAAGAACAGGAGCGUCUACAUGAGGAAGAAGAGGCCGAGCGGACCAAGGUACAAUCUUCAGAGGGUGGGUGGCAAGUAGUUGUCGAGAGCUUCAUCCAACGGAAUGUGCCUGGGGUUCGUGUGAUCAAGGGACAAGGAGCGCCAUCGCUGGCGAUCGCGCUUUCAAAAGCGGGCAUUAUCUUCCAUAUCGAGGGCGUGAAGGAGAAUGAUGGUCCAGCGGUGGCUGAGUGGCACGUUUCGAGCAGAGCACCACCCGGUCGAGUCCCAACGAAGAUGGAGAAUUCAAUCACAGAAUGUCUCAACUCACGGUCACGAAAGUGGGAUCUCGCUUUCCUGUUGGAUAUGAUAUCUUCAUACGCAGAUCUCAAACAGACUACAUGUGUCAAGUGCAAUAAGCUCACCAACAACUCCGCCCAACUACCGACAAUUCGCAGAGCCCAGUCCACUCAACCUUCGCAGCAGGAGCCACGAGUUUUUGCAUUCGAUGCACUGCAUUCCAGCUGUGCUUGA